AUGCAAUUAGUGCUUUCAGAGGAAGCAGUGGGAAGGCUUCUGGGAAAGGAAGGCUUUGUCUACCGCAUUAUCAACGGGGUCAGAGCUGUAGAGGGUCCCGGGGAGAGAAGACCCCUGUGUACCCCUCCCCCACAACCCCUUACCCCCACAACCCCUUACCCCCACAGCCCCCCCACAACCCCUUACCCCCACAGCCCCCACAACCCCUUACCCCCACAACCCCUUACCCCCUUACCCCCACAACCCCUUACCCCCACAGCCCCACAACCCCUUACCCCCACAACCCCUUACCCCCACAGCCCCCACAACCCCUUACCCCCAACCCCUUACCCCCACAGCCCCCACAGCCCCUUACCCCCACAGCCCCCACAGCCCCUUACCCCCACAACCCCCCCUUACCCCCACAACCCCUUACCCCCACACCCCCACAACCCCCACAACCCCUACCCCCCCCCACAACCCCUUACCCCCUCAGCCCCUUACCCCCACAGCCCGCCCCCCCAACCCCCUUACCCCCCCCCACAACCCCUUACCCCCUUACCCCACAACCCCUCAGCCCCUACCCCCACAGGCCCCACAACCCCCCUUACCCCCCUUACCCCCACAACCCCUUACCUCCACAGCCCCCACCACCCCCCUUACCCCCUUACCCCCACAACCCCUUACCCCCACAACCCCUUACCCCCACAGCCCCCACAACCCCUUACCCCCUUACCCCCACAGCCCCAUACCCCCCCACAGCCCACACAACCCCCUUACCCCCCACAGCCCCCACACCCCUUACCCCCUUACCCCCACAGCCCCUUACCCCCUUACCCCCACAACCCCUUACCCCCACAACCGCUUACCCCCACAGCCCCCACAACCGCUUACCCCCACAGCCCCCACAACCCCUUACCCCCACAGCCCCCACAACCCCUUACCCCCACAGCCCCCACAACCCCUUACCCCCACAACCUUACCCCCACAGCCCCUUACCCCCACAGCCCGCCCCCACAACCCCUUACCCCCACAGUCCCCACAACCCCUUACCCCCGCAGGCCCCACAACCCCUUACCUCCACAGCCCCCACCACCCCUUACCCCCUUACCCCCACCACCCCUUACCCCCUUACCCCCUUACCCGCACAACCCCAUACCCCCUUACCCCCACCACCCCAUACCCCCUUACCCCCACAGCCCCCACGACCCCUUACCCCCUUACCCCCACCACCCCUUACCCCCGCGGCCCCCACCACCCCGCACCCCCUUACCCCCACAGCCCCCACCACCCCAUACCCCCUUACCCCCACGGCCCCCACCACCCCAUACCCCCUUACCCCCGCGGCCCCCACCACCCCGUACCCCCUUACCCCCACAGCCCACACCACCCCGUACCCCCUUACCCCCACGGCCCCCACCACCCCAUACCCCCUUACCCCCACAGCCCCCACGACCCCUUACCCCCGCGGCCCCCACCACCACUUACCCCCUUACCCCCACAGCCCCCACGACCCCUUACCCCCGCGGCCCCCACCACCCCGUACCCAGAUGGAUGUGUUCCUGA